AUGCAGAUCGCGAUCCGAAACGCGGUGCGGAGAGAGCCGGCUGGCGAGGGGGCAGCCCCGCCGUCCCGCGCGGCCGCCGUGCACGCCGAGGCGAUCAAGUUCGCGCGGGUCCUCGCGACGCACAGCGGUCGUGUACUGCUAUGGAAGCUAUGCUGGUCGUGCAGCACCGGGGCCGGCGCAGCUCCUGGCGUCUGCACGGCCCUGCCGACGUCGCGCCCGUUCCUCGAGUCCUCCAACUUCUUCGAAACACUGGACCUCGACAACGAUCUCUCAUACUACUCCAUCGGGACCACCCUAUCGCGCUAA